GUAGAAGCAGGAGAGAGAGAAAGAGAAAAGGAGGGGCAGGGAAGGAAGCUAGUAAAGGAGGGAGACAAGAGGAGCAAAAAAGCAGGAGAGAGAGCAUAAGAGAGAGGGAGCAAGAAGAGGUUCUCUGUCUGAAAAAAAAAAAACCUGCCUGAAGAAAAUGCAUCCCAACUUUGCCGGCACCUGGAAAAUGAAGAGCAGUGAGAAUUUUGAUGAACUUCUCAAAGCCAUGGGCGUGAACGCCAUGCUGAGGAAGGUGGCUGGGGCGGCUGCUGCCAAGCCUCAUGUGGAGAUCCGGCAGGAUGGAGAGCAGUUCUACAUCAAGACCUCCACUUCGGUGCGUACCACGGAGAUCAACUUCCACAUCGGCGAGGAGUAUGACGAAGAGACGGUGGAUGGCAGGAAGUGUAAGAGCUUGGCCACUUGGGAGACAGAGAACAAGAUUUACUGCAAGCAGACGCUGGUAGAUGGUGAUGGGCCCAAGACAUACUGGUCCAGGGAGCUAAAGGGGGAUGAACUCAUACUGACAUUUGGAGCAGACGAUGUGGUGUGCACACGGAUCUACGUACGGGAAUAGUGCUUCAGAUUUCAUCGGCCAGUCCUGAAGCAUCAUGGUGAAAUCCAACAUCCAAGAGACCAAAUCCCUCCUUAUGUCAAUCAACAGUUCUUCAGUUUACUGUGAUGUGGGAUCAGAACAACAUGUUCAUUCAUCUUAAUCUUCUCUUAACUGGCCAAUUGUGCACUUCCACUUGUGUCUUCUAGCUGUGGUUAUGUGCUAAAUAUUCAUCCAGUAGUCUUUUUUUUUAGCUGUGCAUUUUAGUGGUAUUGCAGACAAACACCAACAAAAAACAGGAAUAAAAGUAAAACACAAUCAAAA